AUGUCCCGCUGGGUAAAGGGAGUCCGCACCUUUUCCUCAGCUGCAUCGUCUCUGCUUGCCGGAGCUACCACAGCCUCACAGUCGGCUCGUCAACCUUCCUCCUUCCAAGUUUUCCGUGAUGUCCCUCCACUGCGCCAACUACGCCGGUCGCUGCUGCAAAAUGACCGCACUGUGGGCUUCGUGCCGACCAUGGGUGCCCUCCACGAAGGCCAUCUUUCCCUGAUCCGAGAAGCCGCCCGCGAGAACACCGACAUUUUCGUCAGUAUAUACGUCAACCCCACCCGAUUCGGAGUCAACGAGGACCUGUCCAGCUACCCCCGCACCUGGGACAGCGAUGUGGCCCAAUUGGAGAAACUCAAUGAGGAACUUGCCAGCAACCCCGGAGCUGGCGCCGGGCGCAUCACCGCCAUCUUUGCUCCCACAUCUAAAGUGAUGUACCCGACUUUGCCCCCCUCCUCUGAGAUCGACGGCCACGGCUCCUUCGUUACGAUUACCCCCUUAUCCACAAAGUUAGAAGGUAGCGCUCGGCCGGUCUUCUUCCGCGGCGUGGCAACCGUCUGCAUGAAGCUCUUCAAUGCCACUACCCCGGACCGUGUUUACUUCGGACAGAAGGAUGUACAACAAACCGUCAUUAUCAAGCGUCUAGUGCAGGAUUUCCUCAUUGGAACUGAAGUGCGCAUUGUAGAGACCUCGCGCGGAACAGAUGGGCUCGCUCUCAGCUCUCGAAACGUCUACCUCGGCGAGCGUAGACGAGCAGUGGGCUUGACCAUAUACAAAGCUCUGAAGGCCGCCGAAGAAGCAUACCUAGCGGGCAAAGUCUCCCGUGCGGAUAUCCUGGGGGUCGCGAAAAAGGUCACAGAGCGUGUGCUCGCUGAGCAGCAAGCACUUGCGCCGUCAGAAAGAGCUUUGUUCGAGGUUGACUAUGUAUCCCUGGCAGACCCGAGCACUCUUGACGAGCUGGACCUCGUCGAUCCAACUCAUGGUGCAGUUCUUAGCGCUGCUCUUAAGAUGGCACCUUUAGAGGAGACUAAGCCCGGUGAGGACUGUGGCCUGGGCGAUGGAAAAGUUCCUGUGAGACUGAUCGAUAACUUGAUACUACGUCCGAGCUAG